AUGAUGGACCCAUCCUCGUCACCUAAAAAGAAUAGGUAUUUCUCUUCGAGUCACCAUUCUCUACCUAGAAGCCUAACAUCAUUUACAAAGGCAGAUGCUACAAAUUCCACCUCUCAAUUGAAUAAAGUAUCGCACAGGUUAUCUCCAUUUUCAAACUCUUAUAAGUAUUUCCAUGGCAAUCAAAGUGGAAAUCUCACAUCUAAAGAUGAUUUAAAUGUCAUGGAAAAGUCCAAAGUUCCUACUAUACAAGGAAGGAAAAAACAUACAACAACACUGAAAUCAUCGGGUCUUACAUACAAUUACCUCACAAAGAAGGAACUGUCUAGUGUUAGUCCCAUAAAUGAUCCAAAUAGUAACGCAUUAAUUUGCGCGGGGAAGACUCAUCUUGGAUAUUACAAGUUUUCUCCAAUAGAUAAGAAAAUUACUUUAGUACAGGACAUAUUGGAAUCAAAUCUUGGAUCUUUAAGACAUGGGAAUGGAUCCAAUUUGAUCAAGAGGGGUAAAAAGAUAAAAUUAAGCACAAUCGCUGAUGUAAAAACAGGUUUUGGAAGUUCCAACCAUUAUACUGCUAUUUGCACAACUUCUACCGAUAUAUCUAUAUUUGAUAUAAGCAGGAAUAUUAAUAUAGAAAACCCUCUGCUUACAUCUUUAUCUGAGCACACGCGAUCUGUAAACAGUUUUGACUUUAACAUGGUUCAAUCGAAUUUAAUCAUUAGUGGUGGACAAGAUGGCUGUGUGAAGAUAUGGGAUUUAAGAUCCAAUUCUAUAAAGGGAUCGUCUCGCUGUGAUAUCAGUUUUAAUACAGGGUCAGAUUCCAUUAGAGAUGUUAAAUGGAUGCCCAAUUAUGCAUUUAACACAACGCAAGCGGUGCCACACUUGACUGGUUCCCCUGGUUAUAAAUUUGCUUCUAUCCAUGACUCAGGUUUGCUCUUGAAAUUUGAUAUGCGUCAACCUGGUCAAUUUGAAAAGAAGAUUAAUGCCCAUACUGGACCUGGCCUUUGUUUGAAUUGGCAUCCUCACGAAAAUUAUAUUGCUACAGGAGGUAGAGAUGGAAAAUGUUGCUUAUGGUAUGUUGGAGAUCGCCAGCAACUCGAUUCUAAUAGUUAUACGAAUUCUAAUUUGAUUCCAUUUCCAGAAUUAACUAUAAAUACUGGAUCUCCAGUGACUAAGUUGAAAUUUCGUCCUGCAUACGAUGCUGAUGUCUUUAAUUCUUUAUUGGCUCUGUCAUCAAUGGGGGAGGAGGCUGAAGUUUGCAUUUAUUCCUUGGCAAGAAAAUACAUUCCUAAACAUGUUCUCUUAACUUCAGCUCCAUCCGUGGGUCUGGUGUGGUGGGAUAACAAGCUAUUAUUCAAUAUUGAUAAGAACAAUUAUAUAAAUGGGUGGAAUAUUGAAAAAGAACCAACAGUAUUGGAUAAUAUACCGAAAAAUGUUACAACAUGGAGAGAUAUGGAUGGUAACGGAUUACUAUCAAUAGAUCAAAAGAUAGGAACCUAUGAAAAUACCAAUGUAAACCAUACAUAUACAUACAACCACAAGAAAACUCUACAGCGGGCUGAUAGAUCUAGUUCAACCAAUAACUUUAAUCCUAAUGGGUUACUUAACACUUUGAAAAAAGGGGCAAAUCUUUCUAUGGCAGGUGACAGACCACUUUUGAGUAAGAUCGGAACAUCGUUGAGCACAAGAAGUGUUUUACAAUCAUCAAAGUUGAAUAGUAAUUCUAACAUAUCAUUAAAUCCAACAACCCAGAACCAAGAGAUAACUGACAGAAGGAACAUUGAAUCACCAUUUGUAAUAACCUUGGAUUUACCCCAUAUUCUAAAUAAUAUUCGUCUUUCAGAAAUAUCAAACCAUGAAAACCUUAAGGGAUUGUCAGGUGCUGUUCAAAUAAAAGAUUCUCCAGUUGAGAUAUUUAAAUACUUGGCUAGAGAAUUGGAAUUUUCGUAUACAGAGGAGAAACUAUCUGAUAAGGAUAUGGAAAGUACAUUCGAUGGUUUUAAAAUGGAAAAAAGCUCGACCCAGAAUAGUAAUAAUGAAACAGGGCUGAAUUAUGAAAACCUACGAGAAAAUUUUGGUCUCUCAGAGAAGGCAACCUGGAUUAAUUUGAUUGGUAAUGAUAUUAAUCUUCAUAAGAUCAACUCGACAAUACAAGCUGAUCAGGAAGAUCCGUUGGCUAGAACAUCUACAGGAAGGUCAAAUUCCAGUCGACUUUAUAAAAUUAAAACAGAUGAAACAGACAAAACUGAUGCUUCUAGCAAGACUUCCCCAUCUUCAUAUAAUUCGGAAUCGCCUGUCGAUAAAGAGAUAAGUAAAUUGACUGAAAGAAUCCACAACACAACAGCAUCUAGAAUACAAAAAAAGAUGGAAGUAUUAAUAAAAUUGGUAUCAAUUUGCGCACAUAACUCCUCUGUGUAUGCAUAUAUUGGCGAUCUUCCUAACUUCAAAGUUUGGAUGCUUAUCAGGGACUCUUUGCUCUGGGAUCUUAAGAGACUAAAUAAUCUUUCACCAGAAAAUGUCUCAAAAGGAGAUGAUGAUUUUAUGGGUAGGAAUAAUAAAACUUAUGACAUGAGCAUUGAUAGUGAUAAUGGCAAUGAUGAGAACGAUGAUGAGAACAAUUCAAGUAAUAUAGAAAGGGAAAGUUCAACGGCAAACCUCUCGCUUCGAAAACAAUCGGUUGCUUCAGAUUAUAGUCGCUUUACUACAAGUGACCCAGAAUCAUUAAUAGAAGAAAGACCUCAGGCUUUUAAUCCAUCUUCUGCCGAGUCCCAAAAUGCAAAUGCUUCUGGGCUAAAUAUAUCGAAUUUGAGGAAACAAUUGAAGGGUAGCGACAAGACCGACACUAACAAGGUAAGGAAAUCAACAAUCGAGACUUUGAGAGAAUUAAGAAAAAUACACAGGAAUAAGGAAGAUAAUCUGAACACUGAUGUAAUAGAAGAACAAACGUUGAAAGAUGCGCCAGAACUAAGGAAACCUGUGGUAGAUGAAUCAGUUGAACCUCCCUCGAGCUUGGCUCAUGAUUUAGUAAGCUCAGCCACAAUAAGUGACACAAGCAAGGGAAUUCCAAUAAUACGGAAAAGAUCAGAAAGACUUUCUUUCAUAGACACGUUCAUGACAGAACCUCAUUCACCAAAACCGUUCAUUGAAGAGCAUUUCACCAAUAAAUUCAAGUAUUCAUCACCGACAUUCAGUCAAAAUAGUCCUCGGAGUUCUGGUGCAUUUUCGAGUCAUAAUUUUAGUCAUACAUCCUCUCAAUUGGCAUUAUUUAAAAAAUCUGCACCACAUCGUUUAAGUGAAGGAGUCUCCAUAGAAGCACCCGAUUCAAUUUCUGAUCAACUUCUUGUUGAGGAUCAAACAGCUUAUUUGAAGAACGAAAAUAAACUAGCACCUUGGAAUACUAAGAAACUAUUGAGACAAAUUUAUAAUCAAGCGGUAGAAACAGGUAACAUUCUUUUAGUAAUAAACAUGAUAUUGUUAUUUCAAGAUCUUUAUCAAGUUACCUCAAUGGACGUGGUAAAGGAUAGCUUAGCGCAUUUCAUGUCUUUGCUUCACCGUUAUGAGUUGUUUGAAAUUGCAACCUCUCUGAUAAAAUAUUGUCCUUGGGAGGGAAUCAUGGGAUCUGAAGGUGGACAAUCCACUAUACAAUUAUUUUGUGAUAAGUGUGGUGAAUUGAUCACUAAUGAUUUAUCAAAGGAAAACUUCACCAAGGAGGCGCAGAAGGUUGGAAAUCGGUCUCCGCUAAGCAGAUUUGGUCACUGGUAUUGUGAUUCAUGCAAAAAACCAAACAGUUUAUGUAUCUUUUGUGAGCGACCAAUGAAAAAGUUGACGAUGGCAAUAUUACAAUGUGGACAUGAGGCUCAUUUCCAAUGUUUUAGAAGCUGGUUCCUUGACGAUGGGAUGGACAUUUGUCCUGCGGGAUGUUUAGGUAACCAACUGGCUUAA